GAGGAGGAGCUGGAGGGGGCGCGGCUUGCUCCCGGUGCCUCCCGGGCGCCGGGCCUCCUUCUCCGCCAGGCUCUGGGCUGGCGGCCGGCGGGGGUCGCGACGGUGGCAGCGGCGCUGGCGGGCCGCGGGCGGCGGGGGCCUGGCUCCAGCUCCGGGUGUUAGGAAACAAGAUGGCGGCGGCGCUCCGAAGGCCGGUCCCCACCUCUUCUCCGCUCUCCUCCGCCCCGCCGCUCGCCUCCUCCUCCUCCUCGAUCUCCUCCUUCUGCAGCAACCCCAGCGACCGCAGAAGCGCCGGCCGGCUCUCCCGGAGCUCCGGAGGGGGAUAGAUUGGGCAGCUGCGGGCUCCGGCGACCAAGGCAGAGCUGGGGCCGGGGCGGGGACGGCGACGGCGGCGGCGGCGGCGGCGGCGCCGGGUGGGGAUGGGGUCGCAGACGCUGCAGAUCCUCCGGCAGGGGGUGUGGGCCGCGCUCAGCGGGGGCUGGUACUACGACCCGCACCAGGCCACCUUCGUGAACGCGCUGCACCUCUACCUGUGGCUCUUUCUGCUCGGCCUGCCCUUCACCCUCUACAUGGCCCUUCCUUCUUCCAUGAUUAUAGUAGCAGUCUAUUGUCCUGUGAUAGCUGCUGUUUUCAUUGUUCUGAAGAUGGUCAACUAUCGACUCCAUAGAGCACUUGAUGCUGGAGAGAUUGUAGAUAGGAACACAAAUGAUUUCACAGAUCAGCGAGCCAGAGCUGAGCAAGGCAACUGUUCAACGAGGAGAAAAGACAGCAAUGGCCCAAGUGAUCCUGGUGGGGGCAUUGAAAUGUCUGAGUUCAUUCGAGAGGCCACACCCCCAGUUGGUUGCAGUUCAAGAAAUUCUUAUGCUGGCCUUGAUCCAGGCCACCAGAUUGGAUCUGGUUCCUCUCGUCUUGGAACAGCAACAACUAUUAAAGGAGAUACAGACACCGCUAAGACUUCUGAUGAUAUCAGUUUAAGUCUGGGCCAGAGCUCUAGUCUUUGUAAGGAAGGAAGUGAAGAACAGGAUUUGGCAACUGAUCGGAAGCUCUUCCGUUUGGUCUCCAAUGAUUCCUUCAUCUCCAUUCAGCCGUCCCUAUCCUCAUGUGGGCAGGACUUACCAAGAGACUUCAGUGACAAAGUGAGCCUGCCAAGUCACAGCCACCACCACCACAUCGAGCAGUCUCUGUCCAGUGCCUGUGACACAGAAGUAGCAUCUCUUGUCCCUUUACAUUCACACUCUUACAGGAAAGAUCACCGGCCGCGAGGUGUACCACGGACUUCUAGCUCUGCUGUGGCUUUUCCAGACACUUCACUGAAUGACUUCCCUCUGUAUCAGCAAAGACGUGGGUUAGAUCCUGUUAGUGAGUUAGAAUCUUCCAAGCCUCAUUCUGGAUCCAAAGAAUCCUUGGUGGAAAAUUCUUGUUUAUCUGGGGAAUUUCAGCUUGUUGGUGAGCUGAAAAACAGUAAUUCUCAGCCACCUACCAAAAGUGGGAAGAGCAAACCCUUGAAAGCAGACAAAAGCAUGGACAGCUUGCGGAGUCUGAGCACGCGCAGUAGUGGCUCAACAGAGAGCUACUGCAGUGGUACGGACCGGGACACUCACAGCACCGUCAGCAGCUACAAAAGCGAGCAGACCAGCUCCACUCACAUAGAGAGCAUCUUGUCAGAGCACGAGGAGUCUCCCCAAGUGGGAAAGAACACUGGUCAGAAGAAAGAGUGCUGCGCUGAGCCAGAGGACAAGAGUAGCUGUGCGAGUGACAAAAGGACUAGCAGUGAAAAAACUGCCUUGGAAGUGAGUACGAAUAGUGGGGUUCAAGAAGCCAAGCAUUCUAAUAGCUCUGAUGACAUGCACAAUCAGAAAGGUCUCAGCACCUCUGCAUCUGAAGAAGCCAAUAAAAACCCCCAUGCAAAUGAAUUCACUUCACAGGGGGACACACCACUUGGGAAAACUGCUGAAAACAAAGAGGAGGAGAGUGAUAAGCCAGCUGUUUCAGUGGAUUCAAAAGUUGGUAAAGAUGUUGGUGGAAAGCAAAAGGAAGGGGAUGUACGACCUAAAUCCUCUAGCUUAAUCCACCGGACAGCCUCUGGCCAUAAGUCAGGCAGGAGACGGACAGGAAAAAAACGGGCUAGCAGUUUUGAUUCAAGUCGGCAUAGGGACUAUGUGUCCUUUCGAGGUAUUUCUGCUACCAAGCCACAUAGUGCUAUAUUCUGUCACGAUGAGGACUCCAGUGACCAAAGUGACUUGAGCCGAGCGUCAAGCGUUCAGUCUGCUCACCAGUUCGGCAGUGACAGCUCUUCUAGCACCACUUCUCAUUCAUGUCAGUCUCCCGAGGGCAGAUACAGCACCCUAAAGACCAAACACGCCCCUAAGGAGAGGGGCACCGACCCUGAGCACGCACACAAAGCCCAUCUGGGCCCUGAAGGAACUGGCAAAAAGCGGACAGCGCGGCGGACUUCCAGCACAAAUAGUGCCAAGACUCGGGCCCGAGUGUUGAGCCUGGACAGCGGCACAGUAGCGUGUUUGAAUGACUCCACUAGGCUCAUGGCACCCGAAAGCAUAGAACCCUUAACCACUUCAAAAUCAGACCUCGAGGCCAAAGAGGGAGAGGUGCUAGAUGAGCUAUCUUUAUUGGGACGGGCUUCCCAGUUAGAGACAGUCACUCGAUCUAGGAAUAGCUUGCCAAGCCAGGUUGCGUUUCCUGAAGGCGAAGAGCAAGACGCAGUCAGUGGAGCAGCACAGGCCAGCGAGGAGGCAGUGUCAUUUCGCCGUGAACGCAGCACAUUUAGGCGCCAGGCAGUACGGCGCCGGCACAAUGCAGGGAGUAACCCUACCCCUCCUACAUUGCUCAUCGGAUCACCCCUAAGCCUUCAAGAUGGUCAGCAAGACCAGCAGUCCACAGCCCAGGUCAAAGUCCAGUCCCGCCCCCCUUCCCAGGCUGCAGUGCUCAGUGCUAGUGCCUCCUUGCUGGUGAGAAAUGGGAGUGUCCACUUAGAAGCAUCACAUGACAAUGCAUCUGCUGUAGGCGGCAGCAGUUUGCACGAUGAACUUGGUAAGUUCUCUUCUACGCUUUAUGAGACUGGUGGCUGUGAUAUGUCACUUGUGAAUUUUGAACCAGCAGCAAGAAGAGCAUCCAAUAUCUGUGACACGGAUUCACAUGUAUCCAGUUCUACCUCAGUUCGAUUUUAUCCACAUGAUGUGCUCUCUCUUCCACAGAUUCGAUUGAACAGACUAUUGACCAUCGAUACAGAUUUGUUGGAGCAACAAGACAUUGACCUGAGCCCUGAUUUGGCAGCUACUUAUGGUCCAACAGAAGAAGCUGCCCAAAAAGUUAAACACUAUUAUCGCUUUUGGAUCCUGCCCCAGCUGUGGAUCGGCAUUAACUUUGACAGACUCACACUUUUGUCCCUGUUUGAUAGGAAUCGUGAGAUCCUGGAAAAUGUGUUAGCUGUCAUCCUGGCUAUUCUUGUGGCUUUUUUGGGAUCUAUUCUUCUCAUACAAGGCUUCUUCAGAGAUAUCUGGGUCUUCCAGUUCUGCCUGGUGAUAGCCAGCUGUCAAUAUUCACUACUUAAGAGUGUUCAACCAGAUUCUUCUUCUCCCAGACAUGGUCAUAAUCGUAUCAUUGCCUACAGUAGACCAGUUUAUUUCUGUUUGUGUUGUGGUCUUAUUUGGCUCUUGGAUUAUGGUAGUAGAAACCUUACUACAACCAAGUUCAAAUUAUACGGAAUAACUUUCACCAAUCCGCUGGUGCUUGUAUCAGCCAGGGAUUUAGUUAUAGUGUUUACACUCUGUUUCCCAAUAGUAUUUUUCAUUGGUCUCCUGCCUCAGGUGAAUACAUUUGUAAUGUACCUUUGUGAACAAUUGGAUAUCCAUAUCUUUGGUGGUAAUGCCACUACAAGCCUGCUUGCAGCACUUUACAGUUUCAUCUGUAGCAUUGUGGCAGUAGCCUUACUAUAUGGAUUGUGUUACGGCGCCUUAAAGGAUUCUUGGGAUGGGCAGCAUAUUCCAGUGCUUUUCUCCAUUUUUUGUGGUUUAUUAGUGGCAGUAUCCUAUCAUCUCAGCCGACAAAGCAGUGAUCCAUCUGUACUUUUCUCUUUAGUGCAAUCCAAGAUUUUUCCAAAAACAGAAGAGAAAAAUCCAGAAGACCCGUUGUCUGAAGUAAAAGAUCCACUGCCUGAAAAACUUAGAAAUUCUGUUAGCGAGCGUUUACAGUCUGACCUAGUAGUGUGCAUUGUAAUUGGUGUGCUGUACUUCGCUAUUCAUGUAAGCACAGUGUUCACAGUAUUGCAGCCUGCGCUCAAGUAUGUGUUGUAUGCGCUUGUCGGCUUCGUGGGUUUUGUAACCCAUUACGUGCUGCCUCAAGUUAGGAAGCAGCUACCGUGGCACUGCUUCUCUCACCCUCUGCUCAAGACGGUGGAGUAUAAUCAGUAUGAAGUUCGAAACGCAGCUACUGUGAUGUGGUUUGAGAAACUUCAUGUGUGGCUUCUUUUUGUGGAGAAGAAUAUCAUCUAUCCAUUGAUUGUUCUCAAUGAACUUAGUAGCAGUGCAGAGACAAUUGCUAGUCCAAAAAAACUGGAUACAGAAUUAGGUGCUUUAAUGAUCACCAUUGCUGGUCUGAAGCUGCUACGGUCCUCUUUCAGCAGCCCUACAUAUCAGUAUGUCACAGUCAUCUUUACUGUGCUCUUUUUCAAAAUUGACUAUGAAGCUUUUUCAGAGACCAUGCUGUUGGAUCUGUUCUUCAUGUCCAUACUCUUCAACAAGCUUUGGGAACUCCUUUAUAAAUUGCAGUUUGUAUACACUUACAUUGCUCCAUGGCAAAUUACAUGGGGUUCUGCUUUCCAUGCUUUCGCUCAGCCCUUUGCAGUGCCCCAUUCAGCCAUGUUGUUUGUUCAGGCUGCCGUAUCAGCCUUCUUUUCUACUCCACUGAACCCCUUCCUGGGAAGUGCAAUAUUCAUCACUUCAUAUGUUCGACCUGUGAAAUUCUGGGAGAGAGACUAUAACACAAAACGAGUGGAUCAUUCAAAUACCAGAUUGGCUUCCCAGCUUGAUAGAAAUCCAGGAUCAGAUGACAACAAUCUGAAUUCCAUCUUUUAUGAACAUUUAACCAGAUCCCUACAACACAGUCUUUGUGGUGAUUUGCACCUAGGACGGUGGGGAAACUACAGUACAGGGGACUGUUUCAUUCUUGCCUCUGACUACCUCAAUGCGUUAGUACACCUUAUAGAGAUAGGCAAUGGGCUGGUCACCUUCCAGCUGCGGGGACUUGAAUUCAGAGGUACUUACUGUCAACAACGGGAAGUGGAGGCCAUUACUGAAGGUGUUGAGGAAGAUGAAGGAUUUUGCUGUUGUGAACCUGGCCAUAUUCCUCAUGUGCUUUCAUUUAAUGCUGCAUUUAGCCAGCGCUGGCUAGCUUGGGAAGUGAUAGUCACCAAGUAUAUUUUGGAGGGUUAUAGCAUCACUGACAAUAGUGCUGCUUCUAUGCUUCAAGUCUUUGAUCUUCGGAAAGUACUCACCACUUACUAUGUCAAGGGUAUCAUUUAUUAUGUUACAACCUCUUCUAAACUGGAGGAGUGGCUAGCUAAUGAGACGAUGCAGGAAGGACUACGUCUGUGUGCAGAUCGGAAUUACGUUGAUGUGGACCCAACGUUUAAUCCAAACAUUGAUGAAGACUAUGACCAUCGACUUGCAGGCAUAUCCAGGGAGAGUUUCUGUGUGAUUUACCUCAACUGGAUAGAGUAUUGCUCUUCCCGAAGAGCAAAGCCACUGGAUGUGGACAAAGAUUCAUCCCUGGUGACUCUUUGUUAUGGACUCUGUGUUCUGGGACGGAGAGCUUUGGGGACUGCAUCCCACCAUAUGUCCAGUAAUUUAGAGUCAUUCCUCUAUGGAUUGCAUGCCCUAUUUAAGGGAGAUUUCCGAAUUUCUUCAAUUCGAGAUGAAUGGAUCUUUGCUGACAUGGAAUUGCUGAGAAAAGUAGUAGUCCCUGGAAUUCGUAUGUCCAUUAAACUUCAUCAGGACCAUUUCACUUCUCCGGAUGAGUACGAUGACCCCACUGUGCUCUAUGAAGCCAUUGUGUCUCAUGAGAAGAACCUCGUCAUAGCCCACGAAGGGGACCCUGCGUGGCGGAGUGCAGUCCUCGCCAACUCACCCUCCCUGCUUGCUCUGAGGCACGUCAUGGAUGAUGGCACCAACGAGUACAAGAUCAUCAUGCUCAACAGACGCUACCUUAGCUUCAGGGUCAUUAAAGUGAAUAAGGAGUGUGUCCGAGGCCUUUGGGCAGGGCAACAGCAGGAGCUUGUUUUCCUACGUAACCGUAACCCGGAGAGAGGUAGCAUCCAGAAUGCCAAGCAAGCUCUGAGGAACAUGAUAAACUCAUCUUGUGACCAGCCUAUUGGCUACCCGAUCUUCGUCUCACCCCUGACAACUUCUUACUCUGACAGCCAUGAACAGCUUAAAGAAAUUCUUGGGGGACCUAUCAGCUUGGGAAAUAUCAGAAACUUCGUAGUGUCAACCUGGCACAGGUUAAGGAAAGGUUGUGGAGCUGGCUGUAACAGUGGUGGCAAUAUUGAAGAUUCUGAUGCUGGAGGUGGAGCCUUUUGCACUAGUAACAGUGCGACAACUGCCAAUGAUCCCCACAGCAGUGCAUCCCAAGGAAGCACUGGAAACCCAGGCCAGGGACCGGGAGCAGGACUCCAUCCGCCUGUCACAUCUUACCCUCCAGCACUAGCCGCUAGCCACAGCUCUCACUCCGUGCAGUCCAGCCUGGUCCGGCAGUCCCCUGCCCGGGCCUCUGUAGCCAGCCAGUCGUCAUACUGCUAUAGCAGCCGGCACUCAUCUCUCCGGAUGUCCACCACGGGAUUUGUGCCUUGUCGGCGCUCUUCCACCAGCCAGAUAUCGCUUCGCAACUUACCGUCAUCCAUCCAGUCCCGCCUCUCUGUGGUGAACCAGAUGGAACCCUCCAGUCAGAGCGGCCCGGCCUGUGUGCAGCAUGGCCUGCCUUCCUCUAGCAGCUCCAGCCAAAGCAUCCCAGCCUGCAAGCAUCACACCCUCGUGGGCUUUCUUGGGACAGACGGCGGUCAGAGCAGUGCCGCUGAUACACAGCCCGGCAACACCUUAAGUCCUGCCAAUAAUUCCCAUGCCAAAAAGGGGGAGGUGAUUUACAGAGUCCAGAUUGUGGAUCCCAGUCAGAUUCUGGAUGGGAUCAACCUGUCAAAAAGGAAAGAGCUGCAGUGGCCUGAUGAGGGUAUUCGGUUAAAAGCUGGGCGAAACAGCUGGAAAGACUGGAGUCCCCAGGAGGGCAUGGAAGGCCACGUGAUUCACCGUUGGGUGCCUUGCAGCAGAGAUCCAGGUACUAGAUCCCACAUCGACAAGACAGUACUUCUGGUUCAAAUUGAAGAUAAAUACGUGACUGUAAUCGAAACUGGGGUACUAGAACUUGGGGCUGAAGUGUGAGCCAGUGUUUUAUAACUUCAUUUCUUUUCCCUCAAAAUUCCAAGAGAUUGGAAAAAAAGAGGAGAGAGCAGAAGAUGCCUGCAGGUAUCCCUUUGAUCCUGUAGGAGAGACUUGAACAUAGAGUGGGCUUGGUUAAGCACCUCUCCUUCGCCCUUCACCCUGACUCCUGUCACUGUCUCCAUCCCCAAAUAAAGCUGAAAUAUUUUUUUAAGUUAGCUGCUGAGAAAACAUCGUGCAUGAAGGAUAAAGUUCUGUUAAAAUACAUCCUUAAAAAAAGUUUUUUCCUAUGCAUUGCCUAUGCUUUAAAUCAACAAACUCUUGCUUUCUAAACUAUGAUCUCAUAUUUUUCUAAUUUUUUUGCCAAAAAUAAUUGCCAUGUUUUGUCAUAAAACAUGAAAUCCAUUUACCUUGAUUUUUAAAAACAGACAAGUGUAGAAACCUUCAGUUUGACAUAUUGCAGUAUAAAAGUUUAAUGUACAGUGAAAAAGACUAUGAACAGACAUAGAUUUAUCUUAUUCCUUGAACGCUAAAAACUUUAAUGAAAAAAACUGCACUAAUUUUUUACAAUGCACUAUAAAGUCUGAGAUUUCUCAGAACAUUUAUUUAUAUAUAAAAAUAAAAUACCAUUAUUUAAAUUGCCUUUGGGAUUAACCCCUUCCCUUUCCUUAUACGUAGCAGGAACUGUGCUGCUCAUUUUUCUUUAGUAGUCUGUACUUCAUGCCAGUCCAUUGGAUGUUUCCUUUAAAAUGAAUACUUAAUCUCAAGAUACACGUAGCUUCAUCACUGGCAUUUCCCGGAGCCAGUAGUCAGUGACUCAGUCCCGUGAACACUCCUGCCAGCUCCUGUGUCCACAUUUCAGAUGGGCUCCAACACUGUGUGCGUCCCAGCUACCCUGUUUCUCCCACUUGGGGCAAGUUCUGCUGGGGUCAGUUCUGGGAAGAAAAUACUUCUGCUUUUCAAAGAAGAAGGUGAACGUCCUGGAAUUUAAAGAAAGGAUGGAUUGCCUUUUAUUUUAAGAGUUCUUAGCUCUUGAAGUUAUUCACAUGCAGUUCAGUUAAUCAAGUAAAAGUUUUUCAAACAAAAUUAUCCAAAUGGUGCAGUUCUUAUUGUUAUAUCCCUCUUUAAAACUUUGCCUAUUAUUUUCCUCCUCUCUUCUUAUUCUAUUACUUGAAUUUUAUUUCCUGUGAUUUAUAGUGUGUAGCUGUAAUUUGAAAUAUUUAUAACUGUGAUGAACUUGACUUAAUUCAUAUGUUGUCUCAUAACUUAAAUUUUAUUGGUUUUUUUUAAAAUGUAUGUAUUCAGGGAAAUAUAUAACUCAGAUUUACAAUUAGACUAGGUGGGAACUGCAGUUUAGAUUUAAUUUUCAACAUAUGGCGUUUUUUAAAUCCUUCAGAAAAUUUUUCUCCUUUUGUGUGAAACCCCAAAGAAGACUGUACAUCUGAGCAUUUAGGAGCAGCCAUCUUUCUGCCCCCUGUGAAUGGAAAGUAAAAGGAAGCAGGUGAAGUUAAUUUUAGUCAUACAUUUCGUUUAGUCCAUUAUAUCCAAAGUAUUGCUAUUUCACCAUGUGGUACUAGCCGUAUUUCAGCUACUUGCUAGCCACAGUAUCACAUGACACUUCAGUGGAAGGAAUGAAAGCUAAGGAAAUAAAUAGCUAAUAUAUAGCCUCUGAUUGCAUUUUCACUCCAAAACCUAUUUACUUUUCCUUUUUCCAAUUUUAAAUUUUUGUGGGUAUUCAGGAGCCGAUGUGCCUUGUGUUGAGGUUUCCAGACUUCACACACUUUGCAGAACUUACUGUUGAAAAACUUUCUAUCAAAUGAUUUACUGAACAUUUACACAAAGGUACCCCUUCUAAAUUGACCAGUUAAAAUGUAUUUUUCCUGAUGCUGUCAUUAUAUUCUGUGUUUGCCUUAUUUUGGCAAAUCUACAAUAUGCCAUUAAGGUUCAGGUUCUUCUUUUUUCUUCUGAAACUGAAUAUAUGAUCUGUUUGUCUAUCUGUAUUAUCUAAAAUCCUCUCAGAGGAAUUAUGCUCCCUGCUGCUUGUUCCCUUUCUGAGAUGAAUAUGAUCUCUUCAUGGUCAUUGCCUAGAUGAGAAGAUAAGUGGAGCCUUUCCAGUCUUAAAUAGAAGAUACUUCAUUUUCCUACACAGAGAAAAAGAAAAAACCUGAACUUCAAAUGUUUAAGACUAAAACAUAUAGUCUUUUUAAAAUCAUAAUACUUUUCUAAUAAUUGCAUCAGGGGAAGCAUUGAUAAUUAAAGAAGGAGUCAUGUCUUAAAAAUAAUUGGAACUAAAGUAUAAUAUAGAAAUAUACACACUUUCAUUAAUUAAGUUGAUUAUACAUGUCUUAUUCAACCCUGUCCCCUGCCACCCCACACCCCCUUGGAGAUUAGUGAGCUGUUCAUUUAGAUUCCCUGCUUAGCCUUUUUGAUUAGUAUAUAAGACUCCAGUAUACACACAUUAGCAUCUUUAGUUCACAGUUGCCAAAACUUUUCAGAGUUCCAUAAUUUGAAAGUAAAAAUAUGUAAUUAAAACACUAGUUUUUUUCAUUUGCUUUAAAUAGUUUUAUUGAUAUCUUUCGGGUUUUUUUCUUGUUUGAUUUUGCUUUUUCCCCCUUUAGAGAGAGUUCUGGAAUAAGUUAUAAAUUCCUAGCUCUUUUGCUGUUGUUGUUACUCAGUGUUAAAAAUCAUUUUAUAACUCAAAUUUUUGGUUAAUCUUCCAGUUUAUAACUUGGUGUAAGCCCUAUUUUUACACCAUUUUUCAAUACUUGAUAAAACUUUAUAUGUUCACUUUUUUCUAAAGAACUAUAAUUUUUCCAAAAGUCUAGAUUAAUACAAGAUGCUGAUCUUUAAGGGACUUGGGAGAGUAGGUGGUGAGGCUCUAUAUUUUUAAGGUAAAAGGAGAUUAAUUACCUUUCAGGAAAUUAGCGAACAGACUUCAUCAGUGUUCUGCCUUCUUUGAGUUUCCAUUACUGGAAGAUUAACUUCCAUUAGAUUUGAAGUUUUUUUUUUUUAAUAUUUCAAGUAAAUCUGAGAUACUUCUGCAGACCCUUGAAACAGAAUUAGUCAGACAAGAUUUCUCUCCCGAGUGAGCUAUGGAAAAUUACUCUGUGUACCAAAUGUCAGGCAGUGAAAAUACAGGUUUUUACGUAAGAAACAACAGCUCAUUAAAAAGAUGUAUUUUUCUUCCUGGGUUAGUUUACUUUUCCAUCUCAUAUCAAAAUAUAAAAAAAAACAGCCUCAAAUCUAAGCAAGGGUAGCUUAGCCUUAAUGAAUCCCACUUUGCUUCUGAGCAGCAUCCUUCUGCCUCUGCUUAGGAAAUCUUCAUUUGGUGGAUUGUUGCACUGAGUCACAUUCAUCCAGAACUGAGUCUUUUAAACUUACAAUUUGCCCAGAGACUAAGGUUAUUGUUUUCUUUCAAAACUCUUCCCUCCUAAAUAUGUGACUUGAGAAGAAGAUAACAAUAAUUUUGCAUGAGAAUUCUUUGAAUUUAUGUUUACUGGCUACAAAACUAUAAAUGGCUGCCCGCAUUGUGAUUGACUUUUGUGUUUGUUUUCAUUACUUUUUCAUGAAUAUGGACACAGCCCCCCCUUUUUUUUAAAGUCCUCAAUAUUCAUUCUUGUUCUUUUUUGUAGUAUAUUUUAAUCACGUAAAAUUACUUUGCUUGGACACAGACCAAGGGUAAGAUGUCAUUCAAGGCUAAGAUGAUACUUGGAGCCCAUUAAUGGACUUUGAACUUUCUGUUUCAGUCAUAUAUGGAAAUUGAGUUUUAUUUAUCUGGAGAAAGAGGAAAAUUAGCUAUUACCAUGUAUUUGUGCAGCAUAAAUUUUAAUAUUACGUUGGAUAUGUAUAGUUUUUUUUAAAUUAAGUAUUAAAAAACCAGCCUCUCUUUUCUUCACUUCAUUUUUUUAAAAAAAUCUGGUUCAUAUAUACCUAGUCCUUCUCAUUUGUUUAGGUGAUUGGAAAGAAGUUAAUUAUUAUACAAAUAGAUCUGGUAGGUAUGUGAGUGAAGUAUUAAUUUUGUUUGAAACAGAUGUAUAUUUUCUGCUUUGAAUCCCCUCUCCAGAGUCAUCUUGUCAAGAAUUAUGUGUGAUAAGAAUUUCUCUUUACUGCCUAUCAGCCACAUAUUCUUUCUGAAUUAGAGAAAAUAAGUUCUAUUUGUGAACUGAACUUCAUUAUCUGCCGUUUUAUGGAAGCAGCAUAACAUUCUUUGGGGGACCAGAGCUGAGUGUCAUCACAAGGUUACAUGACAGCUCUCUUCUAAGGCACACCUAUUAUAUAGGGUUAUGCCUUUUUUCUAUGCUUCAGCUCUGUACCUGACAAUUUAUGAUUCAGAGGAUCCAAGCUAGAAGGAAGAAAGGUCAUCUAAGAUUGUGAUAAGGAUGAAUUCCUGCGUGGUAUUUGCACAGAUGGGGUGAUACCCUGGAAUUCAAAGCAGAGUAGUAGUCGAGAAUGAGAUGGCUGCUCCAGAUGACUCUUGGAUUUAGCAUAAUUGUGGUUAAACAAGAUUUUUUAUAUAUGAAACUUGAUUCUACAACCAAAAUAAUAGAAAUGGGGGGGAAAUCAUGUCUGCUUAUGCUUUUUUAAAGUUUAUUAUAGUUUAAGUAAAAAUAAAUUGUAAAAAAUGAUUACCUUAACCCUGUACAAGUCUGGCAAUGAGCUCUGCAUGAGGAAAUGGAAGAAAGAAUACUGAAAAUGAUUCCAGGAAGGUAGGUGGGAGGAAGGAGAAUGGGUUUCCCUUUUCUGAUCAUGGGCUCUGAAAGUAUUCAUUGCCUCUACCAGCAUUCAGUAUAAACCAGAGAUAAGAAUAUAUGUACUCACGUGUGUCUGUGAGUGUGUGUGUAUGCGCGUGUCUGAGUGUUUGUUAUUCUAAACAGCUUGUAAAUACGGUAGAUGUUUAAAAUGGAAACUAAAAGCUGAGAUUGUUUUUUCUUUGCAAAUAUAUUGCAUCAGAGAUACAGUAUCGACAGUGGAUAAAACACGGAGGAAAUAAAUUUUUUUUCAUUUUG